UCAACGCGGGGUCUCGGUUCUCCUGCUUUUUCUCGCCAGUUGAUGAAGCUUGCUCACUUGGGUCGUGUCUCUGGUUCGAAGACCGAAGUAAACCGCUUCGUUUUCGAUCGUAAAGGCACCGAAGAGAGCAUGUAAACUAAAACUGUGCCUAGAAAUAAGCAACAGAGGUUUCAGGGUCUAAUUUCCGAACGAGUUUCCUACAGUUUUGAAGCGACUGAACUCGGGAAGAAACUGUUUUCUGGGAAAGGAGUAACUGGAGCGAAGGCCGUGUUCAAGUGGCUGCUGGUAACGUGACCAUGAGCGCGGCAUGGGAGUGACGUGACAGCAGGGGUGGAUCUUGGCGCUCUUUCUUUCUGUCUCUCUCACACACGCGCACACAAGCACACUAUGCCUCUCUCUGCUCCGAGAGACAGAACUGAGUGAGCGAGUGAGCACGUGGAGAGGGACAGCACGGGUGCCAGAAUGGACGAGUCGGCUCUCCUGGACCUCCUGGAGUGUCCAGUAUGCUUGGAGCGGCUGGAUGCUACGGCCAAGGUGCUGCCGUGCCAGCACACAUUCUGCCGCCGCUGCCUGCUUGGCAUUGUGAGCUCUCGUGGGGAGCUGCGUUGCCCAGAGUGCCGCACACUCGUGGAGAGCGGCGUGGAUGAGUUGCCUAGCAACAUCCUGCUGGUGCGUCUGCUGGACGGCAUCAAGCAGAGACCCAGGCGGGCUGGGACAGUACCGGCAGCGGCGGCAGCAGCUGUGACAGUAGCCGCAGGCUGUACCAAUGGCACGGCGGGUGGGGGAGUGAGGAGCCAGGGGCCCAGUGGAGGAGGACAGAGGGAGCAAGCAAACCCAGGAGCGCAGCCCCAGAGAGUCCAGACCAAGAGCACUCCAGUCAGAGGUGUUCCCCAGCUCCCCUGUGCCAAGGCCUUAUACAACUACGAUGGCAAAGAACCCGGUGAUCUCAAGUUCAGCAAAGGGGACAUCAUCAUCCUGCGCCGGCAGGUUGAUGAGAACUGGUACCAUGGCGAGGUGGGCGGAAUCCACGGCUUCUUCCCCGUCAGCUUUGUGCAGGUGAUCAAGCCGCUGCCCCAGCCACCUCCGCAGUGUAAGGCCCUGUAUGACUUUGAGCUCAAAGACAAAGAGGCGGACAAGGACUGCCUUCCGUUCUCAAAGGAUGACAUUCUGACAGUGAUUCGGCGAGUGGACCAGAACUGGGCUGAAGGAAUGCUGGGAGAUAAAAUUGGCAUCUUUCCCAUAUCAUAUGUAGAGUUUAACACAGCAGCACGGCAGCUUAUUGAGCUGGACAAGUUGCCAGACGGAGGAGGUGACUCGGGUGAGGGGCCAUCCUCCUCUGCCUCGGGCCCCCAGGCCAACGGCCCACAGAAGGCUGCAGGCGAGAAGAAGAACAGUAAAAAGCGUCACUCAUUUACCUCCCUGACCAUGUCCCACAAGCCGUGCCUGGCUCCGCCACCUCAGAGGCAUUCCAUGGAGAUCAGUGGCCCAGUGCUCAUCAGCUCCUCCAACCCCACGGCAGCAGCCCGCAUCGGAGAGCUCAGCGGAGGACUGUCCUCCAGCGCCCCCUCCCAGGUUCACAUUUGCACAACAGGGCUCAUCGUCACUCCCCCACCAAGCAGCCCUGUAACUACGGCGACAGUCUUCACCUUUCCCCCAGAGACGAGCUAUGCCUCAAUCCCAGUGGAUGCUCUUCCUCCUCCUCCACCUCCUCCUCCACAGUCCUCUGCUGUAGGCGCUGCCUCCUCAUUGGCUGCUGGUCAAAGGCCUUCCCCCACAGCAAGUGACCAGAGCAGCCGGCAGAGACCGACAGUGUAUGUAGCGAUGUUCCCAUACACACCUCGUAAGGAGGAUGAGCUGGAGCUAAGGAAAGGCGAGAUGUUCCUGGUGCUGGAGCGCUGUCAGGAUGGCUGGUUUAAAGGAACGUCUAUGCACACCGGCAAGAUCGGAGUGUUUCCUGGCAACUACAUGAGUCCUGUCAGCAGGACGGCAGCGAGCAGCAGUCAGCAGCCCAAAGUGCCCCUAACAUUGUGCUCUCAGGCUGGGCGCAGCAUCACCAUCGUUAGCCCCUCCUCUGCCCAUCUUGGAGCUGGCCUGGGCGGCAUAGAUCCCAAUAAGCCCCUGUCCGUUUGUACAGGUCCUGCUCCUUCUAGCCCACUCCCGGCUGUCGUAGUGACAGCUGCUCAUGUGCCUCCUGGUCAGCACCCCAAAGUGCUGAUGCAUGUGACAUCACAGAUGACGGUCAAUCAGGCUCGCAAUGCUGUUAGGACAGGAGUCUGUCACAGUCAGGAUCGUCCCACUGCGGCUGUAACACCCAUCCAGUCCCAGAAUGCUAUGGCUUUCCCACCUCACCUGGCUGUGUGCCCGCAGCCGUCACUUGGCCCUGGCUCUGCCUCUGGCCCCACUUCUAACCCUGCCUCAAACAGAAUAGGUGUGGCUAUGGGCUGUGCUGCUGCUUCCCUCACCCCACCCAAUGUCAGUGCUGCUUCUCUGGAAGUCGAUGCCAUGAGACCCACCAUGGUGGCGCUUCCGGUUGGUCCUGGUAACACCAAGCCCCUUGGUGCCACGGCAACAAAUCAGACUGCUGCUUGUAGGCUGGAUAAGGACUGCAAGAGGGAGAAGAAAGGUCUGUUGAAACUGCUGUCUAACAAAAAGAAGCUCCGCCCCUCUCCUCCAUCCUCCCCGACACUGGAGGCAGAGCAGGCCGCUGCUGCAGACAUGACACAGGGUGCAAUGGGACCUGAAAUGCCCCUCCCCACUUCGGCAGCAGUUGGAAACCAAGCUAGAACUGGGUCCUUUCCAGUGGAGUCUGAGAUGUCUGUACCAUGUUCAUCAUCCUCGUCUUCAAACACUGACAUAGCACACCGCAGAAGUGGCUCCCAGGAUAGCCCUGCCCCCAUUGCACCGCCACCACGGCAACCAUGCUCCUCCCUCCUCUCCAUGCAGCAUGACGGCCGGCCAAUAGUAUGCGAGAGAUAUCGAGUGGUGGUGUCAUACCCUCCACAGAGUGAGGCUGAGCUGGAGCUGAAGGAGGGAGACAUAGUGUUUGUGCACAAGAAGCGAGAGGACGGCUGGUUCAAAGGAACACUCCAAAGGAACGGUCGAACAGGCCUCUUUCCUGGCAGCUUCGUUGACAGCAUCUGACUUGUGCAAACAUGCUUGCCGUAAAGCAACACAGUUCCACCAAACUCUUAUCAGGUUAACAGCUGUGGCCUUUUGCCACUGGAAAGCAGCUGACGAACAAGCGAUGGACAGAACAAAAAAGGUUGCUGCAUCUGACAACAUAUCCGUGGGUUGAUCUAAGAGCAAGUCGACCCUGGUGUUCGUACAUCCUGGGCCACCACAGAACCUUGGAGCUGAAUACAGACUUGCAGCUUACACAGAGCCAAUCAGCACUCAUGCUCAAGCACAUAUGGAAAACCUUUUAUCCUGCGCAGACAACAUGAUGGAGCUGGCUUAGCCUUUAGAGCCUUUAGCACCCAAUUCAGAGAAUAGUAGAGCUAGUCAUGUGAUGAUUUGUUAAUUUAUGUAUCUGUAACGUUUCAAAAAGGUUUAAAUGUGUGCCUUGUACUGUCUCUCACUUUAUUGUAUAUAAGCAAACAAAGCUGAUCUAUGAGUCGCAAAACAGUAUGAACUGAGCUAGGCUGGAAAAUAUGAAAUUAACUUAUUUUUUUUUUUAUUUCGUUUGGGUUGUAUGUUAUUGAUGGAUGACUGAUGUGGGAGGAGCUAUGUGAACUGAAGCAAAGAUUGAUUGGAUGUCCCAGAUGCGUGUCACCGAUGCACUGCUUGGCCAUUGUAAGAGGCUGUUUGAUGUCAUCACUGUUCACUCUUUGGUUCAACAGUAUGACCCAGUUAAACUACUGUUGAGGAUCUUAAUUUUAGAGUUAGAAGGACUUCCCAGUUUACUACUGAUUUAAAAGAGUGAUUAUUAGAAACAGUACGCCUACACCAAUAUUUUAUAUAUUACUGAAGGUAUGCGCUCAGAAUAUCUGAUUAGAUGUGAUCAUUUUAUUGGCACAUAUAUAUGUGAAACAGGACAAAUUAAGAGAAAUUGUGUUGUAUUGAUGAGUGGGAUAAACAAAGAAUCAUUCACUGGCUGCAGUUUGGUUCAUUGGGUUGUCUGCUGGAUUGCAGCUGAGGUUCUUAGAGAGCAGAAGUAGCAGCUCCUACAUGACUGAUUGUAGUGGGUAUGACUCUAUGGUGCCAGGUGUGCAUUUAGCGGGCACAUUUUAAUGAUUCUGCUGUAGUUCUUCUUUAUUCAGUAAGGGGUUUUAGGGACAGUAGAGUUAAUAUUUUUAGAUGUUCGGUAUGUAAAGAUAAUAUGUUCCCUAGAAAGCAUCUAAGCGGUGGUGGCAUAAAUGUAUCGCUCAAAAUUGUACUAAUGAAAUUCCUGUAUUGUUCUGAAAGUAGCUGCUGCCUCCCUUUUGUUUAUUAUACGAGAGUCGUCUCACUGACAACUGAACAUAACCAUGAGAGCACACAGAUUUUAAACCCCGGUACUUUACAAUGACAUUUAUGCUUGUAAUCACACAUUUUACUUGUGACUAGUUGUGUUCUGUGAUCUGCUUUUAAGGUCUGUUUUAAUACAUUGCACUACACCCAAAUAAUGGUGCAGUUGACCUUCCAACUUCUCACUUUUGAGCAUCUCCAGACAAAAUCUGAAGUCUGAAAUACUGGUUUGUCCUAAGCGCAUGCACAAAAGAAAGCAGAGGCAAACUGUGCAGUGUCAUAGUAUUGUGUGAUUGCCCAGAAGAGGAGAAGGCCAAUAGACUGGUUGCUAAGUGUUGUAAUGAACAUUUAUUAGCAAUUCCAAAAUGGGGCUGGUUCAGUGUCAUAACAUUCAUGUCGUUCAUUGUUGUUUGAAAGAACAGUACGUAAGACUUGAAUAUAGUUGUGUUUUUUGUAAGCGAGUUGGAGUUCCAAGUUUUGUUCCAGUUGGAUUUGAAAAGCACAAGAGGUUCAGUGUAUUUCCUAUUCAGAUGCAACUGAACAAGUUUCACAUUCGUAGGUUUCCUCCCUUUCCAUUUUAAUAUCUAAUGACUGAUGGAUUUAAAGACUGACUAAAAGUUUGUUGACAAGGUAAUCCUUUUAAAGAGGGCUAAAUGAUGUUUACUAUGGAUGCACCAAUUUCUUUACAGCCAGCCUCACUGAUGGCCUUAUUUUUGGGCCGUUUUUUUGUUUAUUUAUUUU